UUAAGACCUGCAAUUUCGUAAUCUGGAGACAUAUUUCACAAAUACGCUGCAAAUAUCGAUACUUUUACGCUCUAUAUCAACCCAGACUUCCACAAGGUACAACUCUCUCCGUAUAUAGUAAAAAGAUGGUUGAUGUGCCUGUUGUGAUCAUCGGUGGAGGACCUAUUGGGUUGACAUUAUCAUGCAUUUUGGGAAAAAACAACAUUGAGCAUGUCCUACUGGAGAGGAAUGAAACAACCUCGAAUUGGCCUAAAGCAAUUCUUACUAAUACUAGAUCAAUGGAACUUUAUCAUCAUUUGGGUCUAGACAUAGCUCUCCGCAAAGAGGAAUUGUUGGCAACCGACAAUUUUGUCACAUUUGGAGAUUCUUUAAUAAACAAAAAACCGCUUGUGCAAAUGUCGGUUAAUGCCCAGAUGAUGGGAAAAUAUCCACGAAAAAAUCCAGAAGACGCUUCAUACACGUUUGAGGAACAAUGGACUUCAGAAAAAGUACUUCAGCUAUCUCAAAUCUACAUUGAACCAGUACUCAAAAAAACUGCUAGUGAAUAUGCAUGUAGCGAUAUGAAAUUUGGUUGGAGAGUAGAGGAGAUUUCUCAAAGCGAAGACAAGGUUACAAUAGAAGCUAUUCAUGUGAAAUCAGGGGAAAGGAAAGUUUAUCAUGCUUUGUAUGCGGUUGGUUGUGAUGGUGGGAAAAGUUUUGUCAGAAAGUCAUUAGGUAUUCAUUUUAAAGGGGUAUUUGACUUGGCUCGUAUGAAAACAAUAAGCUACGAGUCACAAGAGCUGAAGGAAAGACUACAACUGGACAAUCUUUUACUGUCGAUUACACUGAAGUCCAAAAUACAAGCCCUUACGAUACCCUUGAAUAAAGAUGGUCUCUUCGUUACGAAUUUACUUUAUUACGAGGGACAGACAACGCCGGAUGAUUAUUUAAAGCAAUUGUUCGACGACGAAGAUCUUUCAUGUAAGAUUGUAUUCGCCAAUGACUGGCAGGGACACUUUGCAUCAGCGGAGACAUUGCAAAAUGGUCGCGUUUUUCUUGCAGGCGACGCUUGUCAUGUCAUGGUCCCAAUAGGUGGGUUCGGAAUGAACACUGGCAUUCUUGAUGCUUACGAUUUGGGCUGGAAACUGGUCGCCACUCUCAAUGGUUGGGGAGGCGAAAGACUAUUGGCUUCUUAUACAGCAGAACGUUUACCAUUGAUUAACAAGCUGUUGAAAAGAUUAACAAGGCUAUUCUCUGUCUUCAGAAACUACGCCGGCAUCGCUGCCUUUCUUUUCACAACCCGACCUUUUAGCUUUUUCAUGAAACCACUCGUCGGCAUUUCGAACGCGAAUGUUGGUAGUUCUGGUAUUCUCUUUGGCCUUAUGUUGGAGUCCUCACCUCUGUGUAUCCCGAGUAGUACACCGUUACCCCCACAAGAUCUUUUAAACUACACACCUACAGCCUUACCUGGAUGUCGGGCACCUUACUAUAAGUUCAGCGAUGGCAGCGUACUGUAUGAUAAACUAGGUUCUGCGUUCACACUUCUUCAUUUAAAACCGUCAGAGCAGAGUUAUGACCCGCUCAUAUCGGCUGCUGCACAUUGUGGCAUUCCGCUAAAGGUUGUUACACUUGAAGAUAAAAAAUUGAAAGAACUUUACCGAGGAAUGGACUUCGUGUUAAUUCGUCCCGAUAUGUACAUUGCCUGGUGUGGCAAUGAAAUCCCUACGCUAUUGCAUAGCGAAAACAUCAACGAAGGCGCUCGAAUCUUGAUGAAAGUUGUGACGGGCGCAGCAAGUCUACCUUUGGAGUGGCAAAAAAACACGAAAAAUAGAUACACGACGUAUACGUGGCGAUGUUCCAUGCUGUUGGGGCUUCUUGUGGGAAUAGCUGCAGCAUCUGUGGUCUUUUUACGUCGGUAUAAGUGGAUAGAUUGAACAAUUAUGGAUAGAGGAGGGGUUAUACCCCAAGCACGAACAUGUCAAACGAUCAUCAAAUUAAGUUGGUGUGCAAAAACUUAUCGAUGAUGUAAAUAUGAGUAAUGAUUCAAUGACAAUGAGUUAAAAUAAAACAU